CUCAAAAGCAUCAGUAAUCGGAGCUCAGUCUGUUGAAGUGGCCGGCUUUUGAACCAUGCCCCAGCCCGAGCCCCGGGACAGCUGAGUCCACAGAGGAGGAGGACAUCUUUAGGAUAUAGGUCCUUUGUAAAAAAGAGCCGAUAUACAUUUUGAUAUUCAGCUACAGGAGAGAAGGAGUGAGUGGAGGGGAACAACUCAGAAGACUGGGACAAAGAGAGAGAGGGAGACAGAGAGAUGAGUCCUGAGCACUGUGGCUCGGCGAAGACGCAAAACACACAGGUGAAACUAUAACUGCGGGAAACACACCCCCACCACUACUGGUAAGAAAAAGGAAGGCCUGGAGGGAUUGGGAGGGAGCACCAGUAGCUGUCAAUCUAUUCAUCUAACCAGCCAGCAGAAAUGCAGGGGCUGAUGUGGAGCCUGUGCAUCAUGUUCUGCCUCUCCCUCUGGGAGGAAAGUUACUGCAAGAGUUCCAGGGAAACCAGGAGGACCAAAGAGCUCUCUAUCCACAGGAGUAAAAGAGCUCCCCAGGAUCCUGAUGCGAAAAAGUGUUCCUACACUUUUCUUGUCCCUGAGCAGAGAAUCACAGGUCCAAUCUGUGCCAGCACCACGGGCCCCGAACCAGACAAGGACAGAGUGACCCGUAUGGACAUCGCAGAUGUGCGGGAGGUGCUUACCAAACAGCGACGUGAGAUUGAGACGCUGCAGCUGGUGGUGGAUGUGGAUGGUAACUUAGUGAAUGAGAUGAAGCUGCUGCGGAAAGAGAGCAGGAACAUGAACUCUCGGGUGACCCAACUCUAUAUGCAGCUGUUGCAUGAGAUCAUCAGGAAGAGAGACAACUCUCUGGAGCUCGCCCAGCUGGAGAACCGUGUACUCAACGUGACCUCCGAGAUGAUGCGACUGGCUUCCAGGUACAAGGAGCUGGAGGGCAGGUUCGCCACGAUGGCCGCGGUGGUCAACAACCAGUCCAUUCUCAUCUCUGAAUUGGAGGACCAGUGCCUGAGGACGAUGGGACGCAGUGAGCUGCCCGUUGUGCCUCCACUGGUUCAGGUGGUACCACAGAAUAUACCAGUUAAUAAUCGUUUCACCAAUGAGAUACAGAGGGACAAUAACAAGCGGGCUUUUCCUCGAGGAUCACGAAUGGAGUCCCCUACUGCGAGCCCCUAUGCACUCAACCCUCCACCACCCCAGGGAACACUUACAUCUGAUGGACCCUUCAAGGACUGUUACCAGGUGCGUCAGGCAGGACACACCACCAGUGGGAUGUACCUGCUUAAGGCAGACGGCAGCGACCGGCUGAUCCAAGCCUGGUGUGAACAUGGCCUUGAUAAUGGUGGAUGGACCGUGUUGCAAAGGAGGAAAGAUGGUUCGGUUAACUUCUUUCGGAAUUGGGAGAACUACAAGAAAGGCUUUGGCAACAUAGAUGGUGAACACUGGCUUGGAUUGGACAAUAUCUACAACCUUGGGAAGCAGGGCGACUACAAGCUGAUGGUAGAGCUGGAGGACUGGACGGGGAAGAAGGUGUAUGCCGAAUACAGCAGCUUCCGUCUGGAGUCAGAGAGUGAGGGUUACAGACUAAGGCUUGGUACCUACCAAGGAAACGCUGGGGACUCCUUCAGUAGUCACAACGGCAAACAGUUCACCUCGCUUGAUCGCGACAAGGAUGCAUUUUCUGGCAACUGCGCCCACUUCCAUAAGGGUGGCUGGUGGUACAAUGCCUGCGGCCAGACCAACUUGAACGGCGUGUGGUACAGCGGGGGAGUUUACCGCAGCAAAUUUCAGGAUGGAAUUUUCUGGGCAGAGUAUGGAGGAGGUUUCUACUCCCUGAAGUCGGUGCGCCUCAUGAUCCGACCAAUCGACUAAAACCUUGAACUUUGGUUCUCUUCGAACAAUCCUUAGUCUCCUUCCUUAUCUUUAUCUACCCGUAAACAAAUUCUGUAAAGGCAGGACCAGGAACCCCUGCCAUUGUCCAACUGUGCCUUCUAGAAGAGAGCGGAGGAAGAGAUGGAUGCAUAUGUUUAUAGUCAGAUGAUAAUGACUCUAAGAGUCGACUCAAAAGUGAAAGAGGACUGAUACUAUUGCCCUUCGUAAAUACCUGCUCUCCUCCACCUUUCAGUCUGGACAGUAAUGGUCCAUAAAACUAUUUAGUACUACUCUCACAUGUUCCAUUUUACUAACUCAUGGUGAAACGCGACAUGUAAUAAAGGGAAAUGGUCAUUUACUUUAAGAUAUGAGAUUUCUCCUGAGCAGCUAAUGGUGACUUAUUGAAGGAAGUGUUGCCCGUACCAAGGGCUAAUGGAUGUACUGGGAUGUUAAAUGCAAGUAGCAAGAAAAUCCAUGAAAUUAAAAGAUUUCAGUAAGAAUAUUUGAUGAACAAAUGCGGACAGGCUUUGAUGAACCUUCUGUCUACUCGUUUCUGGGAUUUUUCUGGACUUUCAGGGUUUUUAUUUGACCCCACACAAAAGAAAUGAAGUAAUGCAACAGUGUGCUUGCUUAAAUUGCAUAUGGCUGAGCUGGCUUUGGUAUGUAAAUAUAUCUGGCUGUAUUUGUGAAAGUUAAUUUAAGAGGUGUGAUACUACUCAGGCCAAAUGUUCACAAUGUUGUCACUCUGCCAGUCUUUGUUAUUUAUCAGUGUAUUUAUAGUAAGUAUAGCCAGGGCCAUUUUAUAUCUAGCCCUGUAACAAUACAAUUCUUAAUUUUUUUUUUUUAAACCUAUGUAGAAAUGCAUUGAUAUCAGUGUAAUGAUUGAAGUGGGUGCAUGCGCACGCACACACAAAUGACAAAUACAAAGUGGAUUUCUAGUUGACUUGAGUGUGGAGAAUGUGUGACACCCACUGCCAGUUCCCAAAUCAAAUUAAAUUCCUUUAUAAACAUUGAA